UAAUUGGCACCGAUCACGAUUCUCGAUAAAAUUGAACUGAAUGCUUUUCAAUUUUCCUUCCUCCUCUCGCGACACAUCUCUCGGCGCCGUCCAGACCAGUCCAGACUUGUUCGCUGUCGUCUUCCAUGGGAUGAGCAGCAGCAGCCACCAAGCUUGCCUCGCCCCCUCCCCCUCGCUGGCCUCACACUCACAAUCAGUCCAAGGUCCAAGAUUGAUGGUCGUGUAUGUGAUGUGUGUGGUGAAUUCUUUGACUCUCUAGACUUGUUUCUGUGAUAUUUUCGGCUUAAAAUUACAACUUUUACAUUUCGGCAUCGCGUUUUUGGGUCGCAAUUUUUCAUCAAAGCUUGCAGAGGCCCGAAAGUUUCGGCAGACCGGCGAAAACACAGUCCCGAAGCGAUCGAUCAAAAUUAGCAAAAUCUCACAUGAUUUUGAGUGCAAGGAAAGCUUCCCUCUGAAAAUCCAAAUUCCGUGGAUGAUGUCGGAGGAUAGAAGUGUAUAACAAAGGCGGCCAACAAUCGGUGCUCGAGACUGCGAGAAUCUCUUCAUUUUAUUUGCCAUUGUGGCAGUCUGUUGAUCGCAGGAUCCACAGCCGAGAAACCAAAAUUUAGCCCUGGACCAGUAGGACUUUUUUGAAGACAUCCCACCAAUCUGGCGGGCAAACCAGUCAUCACUAUCAAGCAGCUUGAAAGAUUUUCACCCUGGUCAAGACCAGUCAGCGCAUGACCUUCACUCAAGAUGGUCCAAAGCAUUAUUCUUGUCAAAUAAGGUGGUCGACGGAGCGCAAUGAUGCACAACAAGCGAGUAACUGUGGACGUGGAGAGCUACUCAAGCGAAGACAUGGCGGCGCACCACCAUCACCACCACAACCAUCACCAGCACCAUGGGUCGCCACCUUUAUCGCCUUCCCUUUCGCCAUCGCCGCCUCUGCCUCCCACUCGAUGGACGGCCCUAAUGCAAGCUCGGAAAAACCGACAGGAGCGCAUCCGAGAGGCGAACUCGGCGCUGUCGUUCUCCGAGUCGGGCGACUCUUGUCCUCACUGCCGGUGCGGCAGGUACUCGAAACUGAACCGGCACAACAGCACCCAUAGCAACCACAGCGCGAGCACCACCCUCAACAGCUACAGCACCUCGCACAGGGACUCCAGGGCUCAUGAGCGCUACUGUGAGGAGGACGAUCAAGAUUACGGAGGUGGAGGCAACGGCGGUGGAUUUUGGGGUGGCGGUGCCUACGCUGACGCUUGUGGUGGCACUGAUGACUCCAUUCAGGUCCUAAACGAGCGCGAUAUGAACUCGUUACACAAAACGGUGCCCGCAUUAAGGAGGCACGACGUGAACACCGCCACCAUAAGACAACACUACUACCCCGAGGGCGGCUGGGGGUGGAUUGUGUGCGCGUGUGGCUUCCUCGUGCACGUCUUCACCACCGGCUUGCAAUUCUCCUACGGAGUUCUCUACCUCGAGGCCGUCAAGAUCCACGGCCACGACGCAGUCAUGGAUGCAGCGUGGAUCGGCGUGCUUUGUUUUGCUGUGUCACUCGCGACGGCGCCUCUAAUUGUUGCUUUCUGCCGUCGCAAAUCGACUCGACUGACGGCCGUGUUUGGCGGCCUGGUGAUGGCCCUGGCCAUACUUUUUACCUCCUUUGCUCAGCAAAUCCAUCAAGUCUUCCUAAGUUACGGGAUCGUUUUUGGCGUCGGCAUUGGCAUGGUGCGCGAAUCGUCAGGACUCAUGCUGGGCCAGUACUUCAAGCGACGCAGGGAAUUUGUGGAAAUCGUGGUGCAGGCCGGAGGAGGCAUCGGCAUUACGCUCUUUUCCGUCUUCUACAAGGAGGCCAUUGGAAAUAUUGGUUGGCGUUUGGGCCUGCAAGCCGUGACAGGUGUGGUCUUCAUUUCCUUUUUCCUGGGCGUCUGCUACCGUUCCGCCUCUCUCUACCACCCCCAGAGAAGAGCAAUCUUGCACCUCAAGAACCAGAAGAAAAAGGUCAAAGAAAAGAAGGGCCACAUUACAGUUGAAAAACCACCGUUCUUUGACUUUUCGCCUUUGAAAGUCAGGACCGUGCAGAUUUUAAUAAUUUCUUCAGCAACUGCCGCUGUCGGUCUCUACACACCAAUUUUCUACCUCGUAAUGCACGGAUACAAAGAGGGGUUGGAAGACAGCGCCCUGGUCCUUCUGCAAACCUUUCUAGGUUUUGCCACUGCUUUAGGAUGUGUUGGAUUUGGACUGGUUGUGGUUCGGCCCAGUGAUCAAUGUCUCAUUUCACGGCAGUACCUGUGCCAAGCAUCCAUGGUGGGAAUAGGCGUUUCGCUCUUGGCGUUGAGCACUGUCCAGGGAUAUCACGGCUACGUUUUAUUUGUUUGGAUCUACGGAAUAUUCCUGGGUGGUUUUAUCUACUCCCUCAAAAUGUAUGUGCUGGAACGAGUGCGCGCCAAACACUUCACUCGCACUUGGGGAUUCGUCCAGGGCGCUAAAGCCAUACCUGCACUUCUUGGAAUUCCAAUUACUGGUUACAUCAACGAGAGCCAUCCAAAGGCAGGCUACUACUUCUCCUCCUUCUUCACUCUUCUCGGCGCCGCUCUCCUCUUUCUCAUGAACUGGUACAAAAGGGGUGUCGUGCAGCAUCCGGACCCGACGAGCUGCCUGUCCUUCUCGGAGGCGCCGCCCUGUUCCUGCAGCACACCGACCCCGGCGCCGACAACCCCUGCGGCCAGCAGGGCGCAGGCGAGAAUGGCCAAGAGCAUUUCGUUUGCCACGACCCUCGACCUGGGAGACACGCCGCCCCCUCCGCCCCCUCCGGCGCAGGUGUCCGACCUGCUGGGCUGCAUUUCCGAGGAGGCGCUGGUCAACCACACCAACUCGGCGGACAACUUCAUCAUCGACUACGACUUUUACCAGGGCCAGAACCACCACGACUCGGGUGGUUUUCCCGGCAAAAGACCCCUUCGACCGAACAUGACCAUGAGUCUGAGCGAACCGGAGAGCCUCGGCCGGAAGGAGGUGCUGGUCAACGGCCACGGUCCGCACGGCCACAAUCACCACCACCAUCAUCACCAUCACCACCACCACCACCGCCAACACCAGCAACAACAAGCGAAGAAUGGCGACGUCCGACCGAGCAGACGUCCCGACGAUGACAACGACCCGCUGCCCCACAUCCUCCCCAGCCCUGCCUUCUGCCGCCAGCAGAGUUGGGGCGGACGACCCGUCAAGAACAUCACGGUCAUCGAGCAGCUGACCACCUCCGUGUGACCCCGGCCCUCUCCCAGUGAGGAGGAGAGGCACCCCAGGACGUUCAACGCAGAACCAAUUUACAUUAAAUGCUAGUUGUUGCUUUAGAACGUUUUUCCUGUGACAAUAAUCGCGACGUUGUAAUUUUUGUAGUUUCUCUUGAAAAUUUAAUUUGUGUGUGUAGAAAAGAAAAGUCAUCUUAAAAAGAAAGAACAUGAUGUGUGUACUAUUUGAAAAUUUCAAUGGAUUUAACAAAAAAAAAAAAACAGACUUUUAUAUUAAUAUAAUUAUUAGAUUUUGAAGAAGAUUUGUUGUUUUCAGAGACAGUUUCAGAAUCCUUUCAGGCACUUUAGUGCAAUUAUCACAUAGUUACGCUGAUUUCUACAGCAUCAUUAAAUGAAACCUGGAUUUUUCUUGAACGUCCUGCUACAAAUAAUGUUCAAGAAUCAUCAUUGUCAGUGCAAUUUUGUUGACUAGUCAGUGUUUGUUUAACUUUUUAAUAGUUCAAUUGCGACGACGCAAGAUAGUAAUUUAUUUAUUUUUGUUAUAAGUUUUUAAGACUGCCACACAUAAUUCGAGACCUUCUCUUUAGCUUAUAAUAAGUAUUUAUCACGACAAUCCAACUUUCCUGACAGUUUCAGUUUUUCUUUUCGAUUUUCACAAAUUUGCAACUACCGUCGUACCUUCCGAGAUAUUAAGUGGUUGUUGAGAGAGAACGACUUUAGUGUCGUUCUCUGUCGGAUUAAAAAGUUCCAAAUAGGAAUGAAUUCACGUUUAGGCGAAAAGUCUCUUUGUAAGUCACUUAUUAAUGUGAACACAGGGAAAAUAUACGCUGCAACCAAAUUUUAGCAAGGUGUUAACUUUAGGCGAAAAUAAAAAUUAUUAAUAUGUGUACAUUGUUAUAUACAGUAAAAAAUUAAAGAAUCAAAACCUUUUAAGCUG